GCAAACUUUCGCCAACCACUUCAUAGUUGCAACAUGCGAUGGGCAAGGUUAGCGAAAUGCCAAAGGGUGCCGUGGAAACUGGUUUCAUUUCGGUGGCGAAACUAUGCAGCAGAGGCUUGGCAUGAAAUCUCCGUGCACAAAGGCUUGAAAAUUCAGGGUGCUUUGUGUGUGGAACGACCUCCUCUUCAAAUCGUGGAGCCGGACUACAAACAGAAGUGGAGAGCUUUCAAAGAGGCCUGGGAUUUGCGCACUGGCAAUCAUUUAACAAUGGACGACGAAAUUGUCUUUAUGCGAUUUCACUUUCACUUUUUACAGGACAAAGCUGCGACGCAGGCACUGGCGGCUGGCGAAGCCCCAGCUUUGCUCAGAGGUCUUGGAAGCAAGAGUGGAGGCGGUCGCAAGCGGGGGUCUGCCUCCAAGCUAGCCACCAGCGUCAGCACGGACACUUUGGUGGCAGCAAUGAGCCCCAAGGCCGCCAGAGGGCUUGAUUCCCUGGUCGGAGAAGAGGGCGUUGACCUGGCGUUUCCUGAGCUUGGACGAAAAGCGGUCAAGCGGAGGAAGGUGGAGAAACGAAAAGAAGAGAAGGUGGAUGACUCUGAUCAGCGUUCCUUGAGGCGGCUACGGAGUCACUCCUUGUUUUUGCUGGUUCGAUACAAGAAUGCCAAGCACUGGACUUUCCCAAAGGCGGACAGACUCCAGGGGCAGGGCAUGCGGGAGACACUGCUUGGAUUGGCCGACAAUCAACUGGGGCCAGAUUUGAGACCUUAUCUCGUUGGUGCUUGUCCGUUCUCCUACCGGAAACGGCUGAGCAAUCAAAAUCCAGGAAUCCAGGGGCGCAAGAUCUUCUACUACCGUGCUCGGCUUUUACCAAGCUCAGAGGUCGCUUUGCCUGAGACGACACCUGUGUCGGACUGGGCCUGGUUCAACCGGCAGGAGUUGGAGAGCAAUCUUGAAGAAGGGGAGUGGCUUUGCAAAUCGGGGAUUGGCAACAGAUGACAAGAGGGGGUUUGCGAGUGGUGCGAUAUUCCAUCCCCCUGGAUGAUGUGUCUGGCAGUGUGAGAUAGCACGACAGGUGACAUUUUAGUGUACAUAAUCCAUUUUUUUGGCAAAA